AUGGCCCCCAAAGCUGCCGCUGCCCCCAAGGCCAAGGCCUCCCACGCUUCCUACCAGGACAUGAUCACUGAUGCCAUUGUCAACCUCAAGGACCGCAAUGGCUCCAGCCGUCAGUCCCUCAAGAAGUACGUCAAGGCCAACAACGCCCUGAACGUGUCGGACAACAUGUUCGACUCCCUCUUCAACAAGGCCCUCAAGGCCGGCGUCGAGAAGGGCGUCUUCGCCCAGCCCAAGGGCCCCUCGGGCGGCACCAAGCUCGCUAAGAAGGCCGCUGCCCCCAAGAAGGCCGCCCCAGCGAAGAAGGCUGCCGCCAGCACCGACGCGCCCAAGAAGGCCGCCGCCAAGCCCGCCGCCGCGAAGAAGGCCGCCGCCCCGGCCAAGAAGGCUGCUGCUCCCAAGAAGGCCGCCGCCCCGGCCAAGAAGGCUGCCGCCCCCAAGAAGGCUGCUCCCAAGACUGCCCCCAAGGCUGAGAAGCCCGAGACGGUCCUCACCAAGACCAAGUCUGGCCGUGUCGCCAAGGUGGCCAAGCCCGCUCCCAAGAAGGCUGCUCCCAAGAAGGCCGCCCCUAAGAAGGCUGCUGCCGCCAAAUAA